AUGGUGGACACACUACGCCCACCUUUGGAGGUGGUUGCGUCCUGGCCGAAGCCAAACUACAUCGAUCCUGAGAACAGAGGACCUGGCCUAGUCUACGGCGCAAUCGUCCUCGCCACAUUCGGGCUUCUGAUCGUUACAGCACGGGUAUACUCCCGUCUCUGGAUCACCAAAGCCUUCGGCAUCGACGACCUGCUCAUUGUUUUUGCCUUCUCGAUAGGGCUGGCAUUGACAAUCUUGAUCAUCAUUGGCAACAGGAGCUACCAUAGCGGAUACCAUAUAUGGGAUAUCAGGCCGGAGACCGCAGCACCUCAUCGUCUUAACGUCUGGGCGAGCCAGUGGUGCUACUUGUUCUCGACGGGCGCCGUCAAGAUCUCGGUCCUACUCUUCUACCGCCGACUGUCCGUAUCCUUCACCCAGAUAUUCUGGUGGGCAACAUGGAUUGGAAUCGUCUACAAUAUCUUGAACCUCGUCGCUUUCUGCAUCGCAUUGACACUUGUCUGCCGGCCAGUAGAGGCAUACUGGAUGUCUUUUGACCGAAUAUGGGCCACGGAGAACCAUGGCAAAUACUACUGCUCCAGUGAAGGUGUUUCGCUCACUGUGUCGACUGUCUUCUCCAUAGUCGGCGACUUUUACGCCGCAUUGCUGCCGAGUUUGCUGGUCUUGAAGCUCAACAUGGCUCGUAAGCAAAAGAUUGCGGUGGCAAGCCUGUUUGCCGUUGCAUAUCUCGUUGUUGGUGCUGGCAUCGGCCGAUCUAUCAUGUUGAACCGUGUUGUAAUGCACGACUAUGACUUUACUUGGACGCUCUGGGAAGCGUGGAUCUGGUCUCUUCUUGAGCUCUGGAUCGGUCUACUAGCAGCCAGCGCACCGGCACUCAAACCAUUCUGCAGGCAGUUUCUCUUCAGUCCAAUGAGCAAUGCCGUCAGCACUGCACGCAACCCCCCCAAUGGGGAGAAUGGGUCGAGCAAACCACCUUCUGCAACCAAGCGGGAUAUCCGCCAGUCGUGGAAUGUGCUGCCACCAAUGAUGCCGCAGUUCGACAAGGGUUCGUCCUCCCCAGAGCUCGCAGACAGCUCCAUGACCAAAUCUGGUGCAUCUGCCAGUGUGUGGGGAGCUCAGCACCAUCACCGAAACAGCAGCGCGGAGCUUCACGAUCUGGAACAAGGCUCUAUCUCUUUGCAUACGUGGGAGAAUCGCGUCUGCAGCCUCAACGCAAACCGUUGUGAGUGCCAGGGGAACGCGCAAUGCCAAAGCCCGGCCUCUUCGCCUGUGCAGAGGCAGCAUCCCGCAAACUUCAGCCUACCGACAAGUAGCGGCAGGGAGAACUCCAGCAUCAACCGCAUUAGAUCCACAUCACCUCUGCGAUUUCAAGCGAGGGCACUUUCGGAUAGCGAACUGCAAGGGCAGGCAAACGCCAUUCCCAGAACUCCACCUUGCGACCAGGGCGCAACGGUCGACGGAUUUGAUUCCGGCAGAGGUGCUACCAUGCCGGACCCUCUACGAAGGCAUGUCCUUGCGAAUCCUGACCGUGGCGACGACAAAUACUUGCCAGCGCCCUCGAGCAGAGUCUCGCUCAUGGCGGUGGGUGGAACGUUGCCAUAG